UGAAAUAGAUUUACUUCGACGGCUCCCCAGCCAAUCACGUGGCUCUAACUGGUAGAAGUCAGUGCAGACUUAUUUCGGCUUAGACUUUGUGCAGAAUGCUGCGUAUUAUUAAGAAUAGCGGAAGACAACAUCGCCAGAUGGUCUGUGGAAGAGUCUGGGAAACUGUGUCUAACAACACAGUUAAAUCAGGUUUCACGCAUCGAAGCUGCCCAUGGAGACUUGGUGCUGAGAAGACCUUCAUCUCCCAGCUGGCUUCCACCUGCAGACUUGGCUCCUUUAAACCAGAUCUUCACUUGAAGUGCCCCAGAGGCUCAGCCCGUGUAUCCCACCCUUCUCAGAGUCAACGCACCCUAUCACAGGGCUCAGGGAAGCCAACCCCCAGGGUUAUGUUGCGCACCCGCCUGGUGGUGACGCUGCUGUUCGGUGGGGGGAUCCUGGCCGCUUGGUGGUUUGUGCGACGCGAGAAACAGCAGAAGAUCCAGUUGCAGCGGAUUGAGCAGCUGAGGGAGGUGGCCUUGGGCAAAGGAAACUUCAGCCUCCUGGACCACACAGGACGGCGGAGGACCAAGAGCGACUUCCUGGGCAGAUGGGUCCUCCUGUAUUUUGGUUUCACCCAUUGCCCAGACAUUUGCCCUGAGGAGCUGGAGAAGAUGACCAGCGUGGUGCACAAACUGGACCAGGAGUUGGCGUUGCCAUGCAUCCAGCCCCUCUUCAUCAGCGUGGACCCGGAAAGAGACGACGUGGCCGCGAUGGAGAAGUAUGUGAAAGAUUUCCACCCUCGCUUGAUCGGAUUGACCGGCACACCAGAGGAAGUGAAGGAGGCGGGACGGGACUUCAGGGUGUACUACAGCAAGGGCCCCAAGGACGAGGACAAUGAUUACAUCGUGGACCACACUGUUCUCAUUUACCUAAUCAAUCCCAAUGGCCUCUUUCUGGACUAUUACACCUCAACCAAGGAUGACCAGCAGAUAGCUGAAAGCAUCAGAAACCACAUGAAAGACCAUGUGGAGAUGUCCCAAAACUGAACUGAUCUUGUGGCCCAGACCUCAAACCUACAUUUCUGGAUUUAUCCAGGAAGGUGACAUUGUGUCGUAUCAGAUGGUUGUGUCCAAUCUGCUGUAGGGCAUCGUUUUCUAAUGGGCUGACUUGUGUAUGAUUAUUCUGUUUGUUUUUGUGUAUUUCUUUACUUACAACCCAUUAAGGCCAUGCCAAGAAGAAUGCAUACCGGUGUGGUUAAAAUUACUUUUUGCUUUACAAAGGUUCUCAGGAUCAAAGAGGGUGCAGCAGCACACGGAGGACAAGGCUGCAGGAGAAAUGUGCUGUUAGAUGAGGUUAUGUACUUAUGUGUGGAUGUAAAUGGCAAUUCAUUCAUCUCUGGAAUUCAGCAUGUGUCUGAUUCGAUUCUUUGGCCUGACCUGGAGGAUAACGGAGAUGAUGCCUGGCAAGAACAACAGAAAACCAGCUAUAUUAAAUGCACUGGCUGGCCUUA